AUGGAUGAUGUAUCCGAGGAAUUGAAAAAGCUACCAGAGAGGCCAGUUUCCUGCAAAUGCAACUGCCAGAUAUGCACAUAUAUUACGUGGAUGAGGUCAUCACGCACUGAAGUCGGCUUACGCGCAAUCGUAGGGGACGAAGUUCAUAAACUGAACCCUAUAACCAUACACUCCGGCAUGGAGAAAGGACAACUGUAUACAAUACACGCCGCAUGCGGUGGCGGCUUCGAGGUACCAAUUUUGUUCGCUGUUACACGUCAGAAAACUCGUGCCGUUUACAAGAAGAUUUUUGAAUGCUUGCGCCAACGACUGGGCAAUGGAAAUUUCAGGAUCAUCGUCGAUUAUGAAAAGAAUCCGCGCAGCACAAAACCUUUGCGAAGACGAGAUGUCCGUCGCCGCCAAAGAAUAUCUGCCGCUAUGGAAAAAGCUUCAAAGAAGAGUAUCGCUCAUGAAAUCGCAUCAGCACAGCGACUAUCAACUCAUACUGCAUGGCAAUGUCCAAGUUUGUAA